GAACCCGUUCGUACGGCGUCCGUGCAGUUCGUAAUCAUAGGUGACUUCAGAAUAUUUUUUUUUAUAAACUUUUUUUUUGUUCGUUUUUUUAUUUGUUAUUACUUUUUUUUAUUAUUAUUUUGGGUUUUUGCCACGUUAGCCGCAAUAACACACACAUUUGUCCCCGAAAGUUUGGCAUCGCUUAUUUGGACGAUAAACACGAAAAGCGAUCGUAAAUCAGAAAUACAGACUGAAAUCGGAAAUUACCGUCGACUGCAGAUGGACAUCAGUUGAAACUAGAUUCGAUCAGUAGUUAAUCUAAGACAAUGCAUGCAUGUCCUCCGUCUCACUGUAGUACCGAACGACAGAUAUUGAAGGAUCAAAAUCAAGUACACACCAAUAAUAACUGCAAAACCGUUGAGCCAAAACUAAAACACGCUCCAGCACUAACACCUAACGGAUCGACCGACAUUAAGACCCAAGAAAUAGAGAUGAACGAAAUAGUAACUGAAAAUCGUAAUUCAACAAUAGAUUUUUCGAAUGGUCACAGUAAUACAAAUGGUUCUAAAAUGGCAUUAGCAAAUAAUCAAAACGACAAAGGAUUCCCGGCAGAUGAUGACAGUUUAUUGCCGGACCAAACUGUUAUAGCCAAUGAGGUGAUCGGAAAUAUAGAUGACGAUACUCCAAAAGCGUUUAACAUAUACAGAAAUAAAAAGUUAUUAUCUCAUGGCAUGAUGGACGUUGCAUUGUUUUCUGCAAAUGCAAAUCAAUUAAGAUAUGUAUUAGAAAACAGUGAUGGUAGCGUCCUUUACGUCGUUUGUAUCGUGCUUUUGUUGACUAGCAUAUUUUUACAGAUUUUAGUUGGCGUAGCGCUUUUACUAAGUGCUCGAUAUAAUGUGACUAAUUGCGAACAACGAAAAAUGGCAUUUAAAUUGGGUAACUACGUCAUAGUUGGUAUAUUCCUUAUAACGGUCGUCAAUAUUUUCAUAACGUCAUUUGGAGGACCAGCAGUAAUUUCACCUGCAGUAGUGUUGUCAACUUCUGUGACUGAGAACCCAAAUUUAUUAUUAUAGAUCAAGGCCAUAGAGUUUAUCUUCGUAAAAUAUUAAAAUUAAUGGCAUUUUAAAUUUUAUUAAUAAAUAAACUAUAUCAUACUUAUAUAAUAAAAUAUCCAUGUACACACGAAUUUAUAACUUUUAAAGACUAAAGUUUAGACUAAUAAAAAUAAUUGGCAGGCUAAUGUCCUGAGUUGAUGAAGCCUUAUUCCCAAUAAAAAUAAAUAAAUAAAUAAAUAAUUGGAUAAGGGAUACUAAAAAAAAAAAAAAUCCAUUAUUCCCCUCAACUAAACAAUCUAUUUAAAUAAACAAUGUAUAAAUCUAAUAAAUAUUAUCGUUUUAUAUGACUAAAAUAGUAAAAUUAUAUUUAUGUACUUACCUACUUUAUUAGUUCAAUAUUUUUUUAAAAAUAUACUGCUUCAGAUUAUGAAAUUAAUAAAUAGAAAGUUACAGCAGAAAGUUUAACGAUCAAUGCAUCCAUUAUCAAGGUCAUAUAUAAAAAAUGGGAGAAAGAUUCGUCAAAAAUUGUUAUCAUUUUAUUGACAUAGGUAUAGGCGUAUAGUCAUUACUUAAUAUAUUUUUUAAUAUUUUUUCUAACUAUGAAUGUAAAAAAGAUUUUUUAAUUGUGAUUUAAUAACAAUAAAUAUUUUUAUAUAUUAAAAACUUCGAAUUAUUGAGUAGGUAUUCACUGUUAAUAUAAAGAACAUAGAAAUAUAAAAUAAAGACAUGUCUCUAUUAAUGUAAUUUAGAAUUGCAUAUAGGUGCUCUAUUAAAUAA